CCCUGACCAGGGCCCUUCUCCACCGAUUGCUCAGUUUGGCCAGGCGGCCAACUCUAGGACGAGUCUUGGUGGUUCCAAACUUCUUCCAUUUCAGAACGAUGGAGGCCACUGUGUUCUUGGGGACCUUCAAUGCUGCAGUCAUUUUUUGGUCCCCUUUCCCAGAUCUGUGCCUCGACACAAUCCUGUCUGAACUCUACGGGCAAUUCCUUCAACCUCAUGGCUUGGUUUUUGCUCUGAGAUGUACUGUCAACUGUGGGACCUUUUUGUAUAGACAGCAAUUAGAACUCAUCACACCCUUCCAACUAUACUUCAAUCCUGAUUUGAUACUAAGGAAUUAUCAGGUAUGGAGACUCAUAACCAACUUUUUAUUUUUCGGUCCAGUUGGCUUCAACUUCCUUUUCAAUAUGAUUUUUUUGUACCGAUACUGUCGUAUGCUGGAGGAGGGCUCUUUCAGGGGCCGCACCGCUGACUUUGUCUUUAUGUUCCUCUUUGGUGGCCUUUUGAUGACUAUAUUUGGCACCUUUGUGAGUCUGGUGUUCUUGGGCCAAGCCUUCACCAUCAUGCUGGUGUACGUGUGGAGCAGGCGCAACCCCAAUGUUCGCAUGAACUUCUUUGGUCUGCUGAACUUUCAGGCGCCCUUUCUCCCGUGGGUGCUCAUGGGGUUCUCUCUGCUGCUGGGGAACUCUAUCAUUGUGGAUUUACUAGGUAUCGCUGUGGGUCAUGUCUACUUCUUUCUUGAGGAUGUAUUCCCAAACCAGCCAGGUGGUGGCAGAUGGCUCAAGACUCCUUUUUUUCUUAAGAUGCUGUUUGACACUCCAGAAGAAGAUGCCAACUAUAACCCCCUUCCCGAGGAGCGUCCAGGGGGGUUCGCAUGGGGAGAGGGACAGCGCCUCGGGGGUUAACCUAGCCCCCCACCACAGGAUCACUUUAUUAUGGACAUUCCCUUAGCGAGACAGAGGGACAAACUUGGUCUUUUUUUCUUGACUUAUUUCUCUAGUUCUGAAUGGAGAACGCCAGUAUCCAACCAGAGCUUUUCUGAGAUUGGUGUGUGGCUUACAUCUCCCUCAAACUAUUCUAUAAGCCAGACUGUCACUUUAAGACCACAUGAGGACAUAACAACAGCAAGGGACUUUUGAUGGGGAACCUUUGGCUGUGUUGAGGUUUGGCUUUAUCUCUGGGGGAAUAUUGUCAAUAUGGGAAACUGAGGCAAAAAUCUGAAUUAAUUCAGAUCAGUUUUUUUUUUUCCAUUUUACUUCAAUAAAUAUAUAUAAUUAACGUGUGGCAUAUAUUGCUGGA